AUGCCUCCAAAGCGAAAACUCCCGCGUCGUGGGAGGGCCUUGGAGGGUGAGCUCAACCUGGAUGCUGUGUCCAACGAACGAAUCGAUGCGGUAACGGCGGAGCCGCUCGAUCCUGUCAAGUUUAUCGAAGUUCUUAGCCCGGAUAAAACACUGCGACUAUUUUACAACACAAGCACACUGAUUCGCAUUGCUGUCGACAAUGGCGGCUUUAUGCAGCCACCACACUUUCGGGAACCCAUGUCAAACGCUCUCCGAAAGCGAAUCGAAGACACCGAAGGCAAGAAGUUUCACUUUGAGUCACGAAACACUGUCAUUCGAGGCGAUGAGGCCGGGGACGACGGCCAAAUUGCAGUGCUGCAUCGCCACGUCUACUUUGACCAGAUUAUGGACGAGUUCUACUUACUCAAUCCCGCAGAAGUCUAUGUAUGCCCAAUGUGUUACGAGCACUACUUGCAGACUCGAUUUCUGCCUGCUCGGACUGAAGAAGGGCGUCCUGUAAAGCGACUCCAGAGCGGUCUGCCUGUCGUCGACCCUCUGGAUGUUCUUUCGCACAUGCACGGCGAAGACCCCAGCACUGGGGACGCAGAGAAUGGUGUGCCGAUUGUCCUUGACACGGUCUGGGACAAUGUUCUCGUUCACAUUGUCUUCCGCAGGGCCGCACAAUGGAAGACACACAUGGAGACUCACCAUUGGGUGCGCGGCGUAAGCGCUGGAGACUAUCGGCUGCGCGAUGUGCUUUGCACAUACUACAAUCACUACAAUCAGUGGAAUGAAGAAAAGCACGACGAGGAAGUGAGACUGUACGGUAGCGCUCGAAAGAAAGCCGCUUUAACUCUACAGCGCUAUUGGCACAUAAAUGCCAGCUACAAUCGGCUGCGGUACAACCGAGUGGUUGCUGCGACCGAGUUGGCGGAGGGCCACGCGGAGGCAGUCACAGAGAGCGCGUUUCCAAACGAGACGGUUGCCCACCACUUCAAUCCAGAAGUAGAAGAUGAAGACGACUUUAUCAACGACGACACUGACGAAGAUGACUCCGUGCCUCCGUACUUGCCUGACCGCGAAGCGUUUGACGAUGAGGAGGACGUCACAGACACGUCAGAGGACGAACCGCGUCAACAGCGCAGAAAGCGCAAUCGCGAGCGCUCUGCCGAAUCCGAAACUGUCUCAUCCCAGUCAAGGUCCUCUAGCACCACAACAUCUUCCACCGACUCCGAUUACGCUGCCGAAGUUGAGAAGCAGCGAGCGCUAUUCAAGCGAGGGCUUCUUGCUGAAAGGGACUGCUAUUUUUCGCGGCUCUCUGCAGAAGACAGGCACUUUUUCGAGAAAAGCAGCCGCUCGAAUGUGACGCCAAGUCAGCUCUAUGAUCCUUGCAUGCACCUGAAAAACACACCAGCAUCCACAUUGGACAACAAUAUUGACUGGGAGAACAUCGGUGAGACACUACCCAUCAAGAACUGCCUGAAGCUGAAAAAGGAGAGAUCCGCUAGUCUUCCCCAUGUAGGUGCCGAUCUAGAGCUGGUCAAAACAAAACUACUACUCGACGAGGAUGAAGCGUCUCCGCUCUGCGUUGAUCAACCACAACUCAAACCCGGCAGGCCGUCGUCCCGUAUGCUGUUGGACGACGAUGAGUAG